CGGUAAAACUUCCGGGGCGUUUCCGCGGUCCCUGAGCCUGGAGUGAGACCGAGGCUGGCCUCUCCCUCAGGAACCGUCACCAGAGACACCGUCGCCAGUACUUCCUAGGGCACCCGGGGUAACUUCGCUUUUUCCCCUAACUUUAAAACUUGGGGGCCCGAGACAUUGGCUGCGUUCGACCUGAUUCUGUCCGACUCUCUGUAGCUUCAGCUAUUCUGAAAGACAAGAAGGGUUCUCCUUUUGGUCACCCACGACUGGUCCAUGGCUGCUAUGCAGAUGGAUCCUGAGCUUGCCAAACACCUCUUCUUUGAAGGGGCCACUGUGGUCAUCCUGAAUAUGCCCAAGGGGACAGAGUUUGGCAUUGACUACAACUCGUGGGAGGUAGGGCCCAAGUUCCGGGGUGUGAAGAUGAUCCCACCAGGCAUCCACUUCCUCCACUACAGCUCUGUGGACAAGGCCAAUCCCAGAGAGGUGGGCCCUCGUAUGGGCUUCUUCCUUAGCCUCCAGCAGCGGGAGCUGAUGGUGCUGCGCUGGAACGCGGUCCUGGAAGAGGUAGACCUAUCCCCAGCCCCAGAGGCUGAGGUGGAGGCCAUGAGGGCCAACCUCCAGGAGCUGGACCAGUUCCUGGGACCUUACCCAUAUGCCACGCUCAAGAAGUGGAUCUCACUCACCAACUUCAUCACCGAGGCCACAAUGGAGAGGCUGCAGCCUGAGAGCCGGCAGAUCUGCGCCUUCUCAGAGAUGCUGCCUGUGCUCUCCAUGAGACACACCAAGGACCGGGUGGAGCAGAACCUACCCCUCUGUGGCACCGAGUGCAAAAGCUACCAGGAAGGCCUGGCCCGGCUGCCUGAGAUGAAGCCCAAAGCCGGGACAGAGAUCCGCUUCUCAGAGCUGCCCACACAGAUGUUCCCGGCAGGUGCCACGCCAGCAGAGAUUACCAGGCACAGCAUGGACCUGAGCUAUGCCCUGGAGACUGUGCUCAGCAAGCAGUUCCCCAGCAGCCCCCAGGAUGUGCUCGGGGAACUUCAGUUUGCCUUUGUAUGCUUCCUGCUGGGGAACGUGUAUGAGUCAUUUGAGCACUGGAAGCGGCUCCUGAACCUCCUGUGCCGGUCAGAGGAGGCCAUGGGGAAGCACCACACUCUCUACGUGAACCUCAUCUCCAUCCUGUACCACCAGCUCGGCGAGAUCCCUGCCGACUUCUUUGUGGACAUUGUCUCCCAGGACAACUUCCUCACCAGCACCUUACAGGUUUUCUUUUCCUCUGCCCGCAGCGUUGCUGUGGACGCCACCCUGAGGCGGAAAGCUGAAAAGUUCCAAGCGCACUUGACCAAGAAAUUUCGGUGGGACUUCGAGGCAGAGCCUGAGGACUGCGCCCCGGUGGUGGUGGAACUCCCCGAGGGCGUGGAGACUGGCUAAUGGGGAGUGCCCUCAGCCAGGGAGACCCCCUUCCCACACAGCUGCAGUCCUGGCGUCUCCAUCCUACCCCUUCCUACCGGGACCUGCAAAGAUGGAGCCAGAAUUCCCUCCUUCACCAGCAAGUCAGUUCCUUCCUUGCCAAAGAGGCUGCACCAUCCUGAAAGCGCAUUCAUGGGUUCCCUGUCAGCCUGGCCUUGGUGCCAACCUGACUGAAUAACAGAUAGACUCUUACGGACACUCCUGGGAGAGACCUGCCUCAACAGCAACCUUCUAAAUGAGAAAGCCCAAGAGAACUGAUGGCUGAUCCACACGAUGGUUAGAAAACAAGAAACCCUGGACUGCUGAGGGGUCUGAAAUAGCAAUGACUUUUUAACAGUUAAACAGGGCAGUAGGGAGAUGAGCCAGAAUUGCUGCCUGCCCCUCGUUGAGUGGGAACACAUCACCAAACACACGGGCAUGUGACCGCCCGAGAGCCCCAGGUGGGGGGCGUGACGCUGAAGACAGUUGAGUCUGACAAGUCAUCAGCUCUUGCUUUCUCCAUCUAAGUCCCUUUCUCCUCCCGUCCAGAGGUCCCAGUGGGUAACCUUCCAAAAUGGCUGUGGCCCCUGACCCCAGGGGCCUUGCUGGUGCUGCACCUCUCCCAUCUGUUCCAUUCUGAGGCCUCAGACCCAGAAGUGGGCCUUGGCAACCCUCCUCUAUGUCCCCAUUCCUCACCAGAGCCACCAUGACUGUUUCUGAUGACCUGGCAAUUCAACCACAAACAAAGUUUCUUGCUCUGGACAGGCUUCUUUGGCCCUGUCGGAGUUCAGAGCUCUAGAGAUGACCAGUAAGCUUAGGUCUUUCCAGUCCUGCCGUGGAGCUGUCCGCCACAGGGGUAUUCAUACUCGGGUUUUCUGGGAGUUCUAAGGGCAUGCGCGUCAUGCACACAGGCCCUGCCACCCUGACUUCAAGCUGUUGUACUGUAAUCAGAGUCCCCGUGCUGUUCUUUUCCAAGGCUAUGGCUCACACCAGGUUUCUGAGUGAGAAUUCCUGCUGGUUAAGACUGUUGGUCACUUGUUUCCUUGGAGAUGGUUUUUCAAGAGCGUAAUGUUCAUUAAACUCUUAGUUGAGACCAAAUCCCCUUGUGUGAGUCUCUCCUGCAGUUAAUCUGCCCAGUUCCCAGAGCAGCCAGGCUAUCAUCCACAGACACACAUCUCCCCCCCACCUCACAGCACCAGGAUACCCUGCCCAACCUCUGCAGUCUCAGGAGGAGGGGAGCAGCCAGCAGUGCCUCCUGCUACCAGGGGGGCUUCCGAGACAGGCACCUGACACAAGGAUUGAGGCCCUGGACCUGUAUAACAACCAGAAGUUUCACUUUGUGUGCAUUUGCUAUUCUUUUCCUCCCCAAAGCCCACUCAUCAGAACUACCUGGGGAGCUUGUUAAAAGUGUGGCUUCGGAAAAAACAAGGCCCUGAUCCAUGCUACACCAUGAUGAGCCUUGAAAACACUGCUGAGUGAAAGAAGCCAGACAUAAAAGGACACAUGUUAUAUGGUUCCAUUCAUAUGAAUUGUCCAGAAUAGGCAAGUCAGACAGAUUAGUGGUUGCCAGGGAAUAGGAGCGUGAGGAAUGGGGGGUGACUGCUAAUGGGUACAGGGUUUCUUUUUGGAGUGAUGAAAGGUUCUGGAAUUAUUGAUAGUGGUAAUGGUUGCACAGCCUUAUGAAUAUAUUAAACACCAGUAAAAGUAUACACUUUAAAAAUGGUGAAUUUUAUGGUGUAUAAAUUAUAACAAUAGGAAUUUUUAAAAGUGCAGAUUCCCAGGUCCCAACCAGCAGGUGAUUAAGAGGCAGUAAAUCUGGAUUUGGCCUGGGUUCUGAGGCACUCUCCAUUUUGAGUCACUACCUGGAAGUAACAGUGUUGCAAUUUAGUGCUCAGAGCUCCAUUGGGACAGAAUUUAUCUUCCACUGGCGUUGUUAGGACAGCACCUGGAAGUUGGGUCACGUGACCUUUUCUCCACGCUUCUUUAUCUUAGGCUUACACAGAGCACUCCCCAUCAGCAGCACCACACACACAAAAGGAUGAAGGAAAAGCCGCCAUUUCUGUUAUGUAAUCCUCACAACAACAUGUGGUAUGUACUAUUAUCCCACCCAAAUGAUGUGAAAAUAGGCUCAGAGCUUCUAUCAUUUUGCCAGGGUCCCACAGCUGGUAAGGACUGAGGACAAAUGUGAAGCCCAAACCCGUGGGUGUCCAUAGCCCACGCUCAGCCACUGCUUGCAACGCUAGCCCUUACUCUCCCAGCCCUUGUGUGGCCAGGUCAGCCUUUCCCCAUCCCUACUUCCCCAGAUCUAACCUUGGCCCUGUUGACAGCCAGCUAGCUGUGUGACCUGGGGCAAGCCACUUUCGUUCUCUGGGCCUUAGUCUGCUUCCGCAUAAAAUGGGGUUUCUGAUACAGAUUCUGCAGGCUCCCUCAGGUAUUUCAAAACGGACCCUUGUGUUAUGUGAAAUGUUUUCAAAGGGAAACCCCAUUUACAUGGGAUCAUACGUCUGGGCUGUCAAAAAACAAUAGGUGUCUUGAUUGGGGCCGGAGUGACAUCAACCCUGUGUCUUCUGCUUGUCCCAGCUGGCAGUCCUCUAUGUGUCUUUGAUGAAUAAAAAAUGUGAAAACAGAUUAAU